AUGGGUAUAUCCAGUGUGUUCGUGUAUAUUCUAGUCACUAGUUUUUUAAGCUUAGAAGUUACUAUGUUAGGUAGUUGUGCCAACUGCGCGAACGGGGACUUGAGUGUAACGGAGUUAACUGACGUUCGUAUAGAGUUUGUUAAACAGCAGAUCUUGAAGAAGUUGCGGCUGAGCAAGAAGCCGGCAGUGGCUCUGCCAUUGAAUAGUCUGCCGAUGCCGGUGGCUCAAGGUCAGACGUUGAGCGACAGAGUCGACAAACCGCCGGAGUUCGACGAUUACUACGGUCGAACUGAACAGAAGAUAAUAUUUCCAGUUGAAGGAGAAUGCUUGACUUCAGGACGAUAUCCUUAUAAAUGUCUAAAGUUUGAGCUGCCUCCUGAUGUACAACCAGAAGAAGUCAACGUAGUCGAAUUAUGGUUUUAUAAGGAACGAGAUCCCCUAGAUGAAUAUAAUCAAACUUUCGUAAUCUCUGAAGCAGCACAUUGGGAUAGCCAACAACAGUUCAAGAAGACCAAGCCAAUUGCCAUCAAGGAAACUGAUAUUGGCGAGGGAUGGGUCAGAGUGGAAUUGGCUUGGGCCGUCAGAGUUUGGUUGGAAGGUAGAGAAAGGCUUCACAACUUACACGUGGCGUGCAGAACUUGUCAGUUGCGUCGAUCGCCUCUCUCUUUCCACGAGAAACACCGUCCCUUCCUCGUCCUAUAUACGAAAUAUGCCGGUAAACGACGUCAGGGCAGAGCACUUGAAUGCAGUGCCACUACCAGCGAAUGUUGCAGAGAGCCUCUUUAUGUCAGUUUCAAGGAAUUAGGUUGGGAUGAUUGGAUCAUCAGACCAGCCGGCUACCACGCCUACUUCUGUAAAGGCAGCUGUGCUCCCAUAUCAGCAGUGACCAACACUGAUAGUUAUCAUCAUAAUAUUAUAAGGAAAUAUUUCUACUCGGUGACCGACCGAAAGGCAGAAUUCAAGCCUUGUUGUGCUCCGACUACCUUCAGCUCUUUGCAAUUACUUUACAUGGAUUCAACAAAUACUGUGACGCAGAAAACUUUGCCGAACAUGGUGGUGGAAUCUUGUGGGUGUAUGUAG